UGACUGCGGGCGUCGGGCGAGCAGCACACUGACCUUUUCUUUGCUCCACUGAUCCAAAGCGCUAGCCAUGGGCUCCUACCACUACAGCUCCGCCUCCCACUUCUUCUUCCCCGCCGGCGAUCCCCACCCCAACGCCAUCCCCACCGCCCACAAGCCCGCGAAAACCGUGCGCAUCCCCGUCACCUCCCCUCCGCCCCCUAAAACGCCCCCGGACGCGGCGGCCGCCGCCGCCAGGAUCCAGGCGGCCUUCCGGGGCCACCUCGUCCGGCGCCACGUCGCGGCCGUGCGCUCCGCCGACCGCGAGGCGACGCGGCUCGAGCGGCUGCUCCGGCGGCAGGAGACCGUGGACGCCGUCCGCGGCGACGACCGCGAGCGCGCGCGCUUCUCCGAGGCGCUCAUGGCCGCGCUGCUCCGCCUCGACGCCGUCCCGGGCCGCGACCCGGCCGUGCGGGGCGCGCGCCGCGCCGUCAGCCGCCGCGUCGUCGGCCUCCAGGAGGUGUUCGACUCCAUCCUCGCCGCGCCCGAGGCGGACACGUACGGGGUGCCGGCCAGCCUCGACCAGGUCCUCGAAGGGAUCUGGGGCGUUCGGGGAGAGGCGCCGCUGCCCGCGGCGGCGCCCGCGGUGGAGGAGGAAGCGGAGGCGAGGACGAGCGGCACGUGCUGGGGCCGGUUCUUCGGGGUGCUCUAG